UACAGUUUAUUCUGAGUUGCAAAGACGAAGACUGCUGCUGGUUUCAUGCUCUCAAGAUGAAAAUAUCUGACUCAUUUUAGAAAACACCAGUGAGACAACUGGCAAUGAUGGAGAAGCUUCUUCACCCUCUGCUUCUGCUGUGUUUACUUCCAGCUGCAGUUUCUCUCUUUUGUUACACCUGUGUGUUUCCUGCCAUCUCACCUUUGGACUGCAUCAGAUUCCCUCUCAAGUGCCCCCCCGGGCAGCUCUGCCUGUCCAGCCGAGCCGUGGGCCAGAGAGGAGACUUCCGCGUGGUGUUGUAUGAGAAAAGCUGCGUCCUGCCCGCCCUGUGUGGGGUCACGGGGGAAAAAUACACCAUGGGACUCAACUUCACCUUCACUAAUGAGUGCUGCAACACACACCUGUGCAACAGAGCUGCCACGCCUGCUUCCCCGUACUGGACGGCUACAGUACUGACCCUUCUGGCUGUCGGGUCAGCUUGGUGAACACAGAAACACGAACUUCCUAAAAGCACACUAAUCUGAAAGCA